UCGAGCGCGAAGAAAUCAAAUUGGUUUACACUAGCUCGUGAAAAAGAUAUUGGAUAUAUAUUGGAUAUUGGAUAUUGGAUACACAGCUCGUGUUGCGCACGUGACAAAUUAUUAACGAUACAGUGUGAACAAUGGACGUCGCAAUGAAUAAUCCUAAACCUUUUCUCAGUGGAAUAACUGGGAAGCAGGUCAUUGUUAAACUGAAGUGGGGAAUGGAAUAUAAAGGGUACCUUGUUUCUGUAGACAGGUAUAUGAACUUGCAACUCCACAGCACGGAUGAGUAUAUUGACAAUUGCCAUACUGGGAGUUUGGGAGAAGUUCUGAUCCGAUGUAAUAAUGUUCUGUAUAUCAGAGAAUGUGAUGAUGAUCGGUUAGACACUAUGUAAAAACCUAAGGUGUGUAUAUUGAAUAAUCGUACACGUAUUGUACUUUUCUGUUUGUCCCCUGUAAUAAAUGAUUCUAAUAUUU